CAGAUGCUUUUCACGGGCAGUUCCAUGUAGAGUACAUUGCAAUAGUCAAGAUGGGAAGUGACUAGGGCAUGAGUGGCCAUGAGUAGGGAUUGUUGGUCCAGGAAAAGGCAUAACUGGCACACAAUCUGCAAUUGAGCAGGAGUUGUGAGUCCAGAGAACCCCCAGAUUAUGCACUGGGUCUGUUUGGGGCAGUGCCACCCCAUCAAAGACCAAGAGUGGCAAUUUUCCAUGGGCCAAAGAACCCCAAACCCAGAGCCAGGGUUCAGCUUCCACCUGUUGCACCCCAUCCAGUCUCUAACAGAUGUUUUUUCCCCAAGACAGGAAAUACAAUUGGGAGAGGAGACUUUCCAGUUUGUUAGCUACUCAGCUCUGUUCAUUCCGUGGUUAGCUGGUGAGCAAUCAACAUGGCAACAGUGGCUGAUAAACGACUGGAUUUCAUAGAGAAUUAUUGCACUCUGUCUCUUCAUGUUAAACCUGACAAAUGGUCCAAGUUUGCAACCAGUGAAGAGACUCAUACCAUGCUCAAUGAGUUCUAUGAGAAGCAGGAUGUGACAACGUUGGUGAUCACCCUCAAUCCUACUGGACAACUAAUCCCCUGCCUUGGCUUCCCAUCAACACUGAAAAAUAAAGGAGUUUAUUUUGUGAAAAAGAAGAAUGAAAACAUUACCAAAGAUAACUUCCAGGAAGCACUCAUUGUGGGAGAUAUCAGCCCUUCCCCAGUAGAGCAGAUGAUGGCUAUUGUGGAAGAGGUGGGCUACUCCUUGUUCAUGAAAAGUGUAAACCUUAGCGGAUGGCCUCGAGUAGUAGCUGACGAUGUGAUUCGGCAAGCUCACAAGCUGAAAAAUGAGAUGUUUGUGAUGGGAGGAAAGAUCAAAGGAAAAACGCUGCUCCCUUUACCAGAGAACAUGGAUGCUCUGGAGAGUGUCUCAGAAGUCUUUGACAGUCUACAUGCUACUGUGGACAGUUCCCUACUACACUCCAUUGAAACAAUAAUUAUUGACUGGUCUCAUCAGAUCCGAGAUAUCUUGAGUAAGGAUUCUGCUCAGCCUCUUCUGGAUGGUUUAAACCCAUUACCCAGAGUAGAAUUUGAUUUCUGGUACAGUAGGCAGGUCAAUCUGCAAUGCAUAAAUGAGCAGCUUUAUGCGCCUCAAGUCAAAGCGAUUGCUGACAUUUUAGAGCGAGCAAAAAGCUGCUAUUGGCCAGCACUUAAGAAUGUCUUCAGGGAUGUAUCUGCAGGAUUGAAAGAAGCCGAUGAUAUUAACCUGUAUUUGCAGCCUCUAAAAGUUACACUUGAGGAAGUGGAACAAGCUGACUAUCACCAGGUGUCUUCGCACAUCAAUAGCAUCAUGUACACAGUAUGCUUGAUCUGGGCUAAUUCUGAAUAUUACAACAUUCCAUCCCGAGUCAUUGUCAUUUUGCAGGAGAUUUGUAAUCUCUUCAUUGAAAUGACACGUACCUUUUUGAGUCCCGAGGAAGUGCUGAAAGGCUUGCAAGGCGAAAUUGAGGAGGUUUUAUCUGGAAUCAAGGUGGCCAUUGCUGUGAUUGAGAAACUCUACAAGACCUAUGACCUUUGCUCCAAUGAUACAAUGCCUUCUUUUUUUAAGGAUAAAGAACCUCAGUACUGGGAAUUCCCCUCUACUCUUGUCUUUACAAGAAUGAAUUUAUUUUUUCAUAGAUUGAAGACCAUAGAGGAACUUUAUGUGACUGCAAUUGAAUUUUUCAAACUGGAGAAAAUUGAACUGGGAGGUGUGAAAGGCAAUAUCCUAGGGAGUUUGGUGUUCCAAAUUUACGAAGAGGUUCUUGAAUAUGUGAAAGUUUUUGCAGAAUGCAAAUAUGAUCCAUUAGAUCCAGCAGAUGAGCAAUUUGAUGAAGAUUAUGCACAUUUUGAGAUCAAAAUCCAGGAUUUGGAUAGGCGAUUGGGCACCAUUUUCUGUCAAGGAUUUGCUGAUUGUUGCAGUUUUGAAUCAGCUGUCAAGCAAAUCCAUAUGUUUUCAUCUCUGUUGGAACGACCGUUGAUCAAAGCAGACGCCGCUCCCCACUACACUACCCUUCUGGAGAUGUUCAAUGUUGAAUUGGACAAUGCAAAGAUUUUGUAUGAUGCCCAGAUAGAAGCUACUGAAACUGGAGAUCAUGUGCCUCCCAUUAGCAAAAAUAUGCCACCUGUUGCUGGGCAACUGAAAUGGGCUUUAGAACUCCAGGAACGAUUGCAGAACCCAAGGAAAGAGUUGCAUGCCAUUGAUCAUCCGGUAAUGGUCAGUUCUGAAGCCAAACUGAUAUAUGGAAAAUAUGAUGAGAUGAUACGUUUGCUGAAAGGCUACCGUGAAAGAAUUUAUGCACAGUGGAUUUCCAGAGUUGAUAGAGACUGCCAGUUUAAUCUAGAGCAACCACUGAUCCAUAGAGAUCCAGAAACAAGACUUAUUAGUGUCAACUUCAGCAAAGAGCUCAUAGCUGUUCUCCGUGAAGUCAAGUACCUGAACUUUCAGCAGCAAAAAGAAAUUCCAGACAGUGCUGGCAGCCUUUUCUCUCAGAGUGGAACUUUCCAGAAGUUUGUGGAUAACCUAGAUCUCAUUGUUGGCUGGUACAAUAAGAUCAAGAGAACAAUUUUGCCAGUAGAACUUCCUCUGGUCAAAACUGAAUUGGAAGAAAUUGAUGUUGGCCUAGAGAAAGCUGAGACCAAUCUGUUUUGGAGUAAUGAAGAUGUUAUGGAUUAUAUUCAAGAGAUGCGAAAUGUUUUAUAUGAUUUAGAGACAAGAAUUCAAAAAACCAAAUUAAAUGUGGAGAAUAUUGAACAGCUUAUGCAAGAAUGGUCAGCUAGUCCUUUGUUUGAAAGGAAAGACAACAAAGAGACAGCCCUUCUUGAUCUAGAUGGAAGACAAACCAAUAUAAACAAACGCUAUGCAGCAAUCAAAGAUGCUGGGCAGAAGAUCCAGAGUAUGGUGGAGGAAAAUGCAGACUUGUUCAAGGUUGACAAGACAACUGUAAUAUGGUCUCAUUAUGUAGAAUAUAUAGACGAAAUAAUCUUAGAUGGCUACUUUAAGUUUAUUCGCAAAUCACUGCAGUUUCUACUCAGCAAUAUGGCAGCCGAUGCCAAUGUUGCCCCGUUAUUUGAAGUACGGAUGGAGUUGUAUAAAGAUGACUUAAGGUAUCGUCCAUCACUGGAAGUUGGAGUAGAACAUGGUUUUUUGGAAAUGGUAGAAAACUUAAUGAAUGAUAUCUAUGAAACAGCAAAUCUUAUACCCCGACUGGCAAAAGGGAAACACAACUAUAAGACUGACUUGGAAGAUAAUGGAGAACUAAUGGAGAUGAGGGAGGAAGUGGCUAACAUUGUGGUGAAUGCCAUGAAGCAGGGCGAGGAAUAUCAAGACUCCUUCGAAAAAUACUCCUACCUUUGGAUGGAUGAUCCCCAAGAAUUCAUGCAGCGCUUCCUGACUUUUGGGCAUGCUCUCACACAGGAAGAGCUUGAAUCUCACGCGGAGGAGUAUUUGCCACAUGUUGCACCCACUCUUGAGCAAUUCCAACUACAGAUUGAUACAUACGAAAAACUAUAUGAAGAAGUAUCCAAGUUUGAUAAUACCAAAGUGUUCAAUGGUUGGCUGCAAAGUGAUUGUCGGCCCUUCAAGCAAGCACUCCUGAACACUAUCAAACGCUGGAGUUUAAUGUUCAAGCAGCACCUCAUCAAUCAUGUCACUAAUAGCCUCCAGGAGCUUGCUGCUUUCAUGAAAGAGGCAAAUGUAGGCUUAACUAAACCAGUGAAAGAGGGUGACUACGAUGGGCUUGUUGAAGUGAUGGGACACUUGAUGAAAGUCAAAGAAAGACAAGUAGCUACAGACAAUAUGUUUGAGCCUCUAAAGCAGACUAUUGAAUUACUAAAAUUGUACGGAGAAGAAAUGCCUGAAGAGAUCCAUAUGCAGUUGCAUGAAUUGCCAGAGCAAUGGAACAAUACCAAAAAGUUGUCCUUCCAAGUCAAACAAAAUGUGGCUCCUCUGCAGGCCAAUGAAGUUACAAUUAUCCGAAGAAAAUGCCAACAAUUUGAGCUUAAACAACAUGAGUUCAGAGAGAAAUUCCGAGUUGAGGCACCUUUCACUUUUGUUGAUCCAGACGCAUAUAAAUCCCUAAGCAAGGUGCUGAAGGCUCUUGACAGUACCUGGUCAACCAUGCAGUUUGAACAUGAGCCUCACCACAGGACGGGAACAAUGAUGCUGAAGGCAGACGAAGCACUAGUAGAAACCCUUGAAGAGAACCAAGUGCAGCUCCAGACUCUGAUGACUUCGAAGUAUCUGUCCCACUUCCUACAGGAGGUCUCCGGCUGGCAGCAGAAAUUAUCCACUGCUGACUCUGUGAUAGCCAUUUGGUUUGAAGUCCAGAGAACAUGGAGUCACCUGGAGAGCAUCUUCAUUGGCUCAGAGGACAUUCGAAAUCAGCUGCCUGAGGAUUCAAAGCGUUUUGAUAUCAUUGACAAAGAAUUCAAAAUAUUAAUGGCAGAUGCAGUAAAAACUCCCAAUGUGGUUGAGGCAACAAAUAAACCAGGUCUCUAUGACAAGCUAGAGAGCUUGCAGCAAAGUUUGGCACUCUGUGAAAAAGCUCUGGCUGAAUAUUUGGAAACCAAGAGACUGGCUUUCCCUCGAUUUUAUUUUGUAUCCUCUGCUGACCUGCUGGAUAUUUUGUCCAAUGGUAACGACCCUGUUGAGGUGUCCCGCCAUUUGUCCAAAUUAUUUGAUAGCAUGGCAAAGCUGAAAUUCAAGCUAGAUGCAGAAGGACAGCCUCUGAAGAUUGGCUUGGGAAUGUACAGCAAAGAAGAUGAGUAUGUUGAUUUUGACAAGGAGUGCGACUGCUCUGGACAGGUUGAAGUUUGGUUAAACCGAGUGAUGGUGAGAAUGCAGAGCACCUUGCGCCAGCUAAUAGCUGAAGCUGUAGUGACAUAUGAGGAAAAGCCAAGAGAACAAUGGAUAUUUGAUUACCCAGCCCAGAUUGCUUUAACAUGUACCCAGAUCUGGUGGACUACGGAAGUUGGCAUUGCCUUUUCACGACUGGAAGAAGGCUAUGAAAAUGCAAUUAAAGAUUACAAUAAAAAGCAGAUUAACCAGUUGAACACCUUAAUUACGCUGCUGAUUGGGAGCUUAUCUCCAGGGGACAGAAUGAAGAUUAUGACCAUUUGUACUAUUGAUGUGCAUGCCAGGGACGUCAUUGCCAAAAUGAUUUUAGCAAAGGUGGAGAGCUCUCAGGCCUUUACGUGGCAGUCCCAACUUAGGCACCGUUGGGAUGAAGAGAAGAGGCACUGCUUUGCCAAUAUCUGUGAUGCUCAACUCCAGUAUUCCUAUGAAUACCUUGGCAACACUCCUCGUCUGGUGAUCACCCCGCUUACUGACCGUUGCUAUAUCACCCUGACCCAGUCCCUCCACUUAAUCAUGGGAGGAGCCCCUGCAGGCCCUGCAGGAACAGGAAAAACCGAGACAACCAAAGACUUGGGCAGGGCUGUAGGAAUCAUGGUGUAUGUCUUCAACUGCUCUGAGCAAAUGGACUAUAAGUCCUGUGGAAAUAUCUACAAAGGGCUGUCCCAAACCGGGGCCUGGGGAUGUUUUGAUGAGUUCAAUCGGAUUUCAGUAGAAGUCCUGUCAGUAAUUGCUGUACAGGUUAAAUGUGUUCAAGAUGCUAUUCGAGCCAAGAAGAAGACAUUCAAUUUCCUUGGAGAGAUUAUCUCUCUGAUUCCCACUGUUGGAAUGUUUAUUACCAUGAAUCCUGGGUAUGCAGGUCGUACUGAACUGCCUGAAAAUCUGAAAGCUUUGUUCAGGCCCUGUGCCAUGGUUGUUCCUGAUUUUGAGCUUAUCUGUGAAAUCAUGCUUGUUGCUGAAGGUUUUAUUGAAGCGAGGCUCCUGGCCAGGAAAUUUAUUACUCUCUACACACUCUGUAAGGAGCUACUUUCCAAGCAGGAUCACUAUGACUGGGGGUUGAGAGCUAUCAAAUCUGUGCUAGUGGUGGCAGGGUCCCUGAAGAGAGGAGACCCAGGCCGGGCUGAAGACCAGGUCCUCAUGAGAGCUUUGCGAGACUUUAAUAUACCUAAAAUUGUGACUGACGACUUACCUGUAUUCAUGGGACUCAUUGGGGACCUUUUCCCAGCCUUGGAUGUACCCCGGAAGCGUGACCUGAACUUUGAGAAGAUUAUUAAACAAGCUGUUGUUGAGCUCCGUCUUCAACCCGAGGAGAGUUUUGUUUUGAAGGUGGUGCAGCUGGAGGAACUACUGCAAGUCCGACACUCGGUGUUCGUGAUUGGAAAUGCCGGCUCUGGCAAGUCACAGGUAUUAAAAUCUCUGAAUAAAACUUAUCAGCUCAUGAAGAGGAAGCCUGUAGCUAUUGAUCUUGAUCCUAAAGCUGUGACUUGUGAUGAGCUAUUUGGCAUAAUUAAUCCAGCAACAAGAGAAUGGAAAGAUGGCUUAUUUUCAACUAUAAUGCGAGAUCUAGCUAAUGUAACUCACCGCGGACCUAAAUGGAUUGUUCUAGAUGGAGAUAUUGAUCCCAUGUGGAUUGAAUCUUUGAAUACCGUGAUGGAUGACAACAAGGUGCUGACCUUAGCCAGCAAUGAGAGAAUCCCACUAAACCCCACCAUGAGGCUUGUGUUUGAAAUCAGUCACCUGAGGACAGCAACACCUGCCACGGUGUCUCGAGCAGGAAUCUUGUAUAUCAAUCCCGCUGACCUGGGCUGGAAUCCAAUAGUGAGCAGCUGGAUUGAGCGCCGAGAAGUGCAAUCAGAAAAAGCUAACCUGAUGAUCUUGUUUGAUAAAUACUUACCCGUUUGUUUGGACAAACUGAAAUUUGGAUUCAAGAAGAUAACCCCUGUUCCUGAAGUGACUGUGGUGCAAAUGAUUCUCUAUUUACUGGAAUGCCUCUUGACCCCAAUCAACACACCUCCAGAUUCUCCCAAAGAGCUAUACGAACUCUAUUUUGUAUUUGCUUGCUUCUGGGCUUUCGGAGGAGCAAUGUUCCAAGAUCAGCUUGUGGAUUAUCGUGUGGAAUUUAGCAAGUGGUGGGUGAAUGAAUUUAAAACAAUCAAAUUCCCAUCUCAGGGAACGAUUUUUGACUAUUACAUUGACCCAGAAUCAAAGAAAUUCAUGCCAUGGACUGAUAAAGUGCCACAAUUUGAAUUGGAUCCAGAUGUCCCAUUGCAGGCUUCAAUGGUCCACACAACAGAAACCAUCCGGAUUCGUUACUUCAUGGACUUACUAAUGGAGAAAAAAUGGCCAGUGAUGUUAGUUGGGAAUGCAGGCACUGGGAAGUCAGUGCUGAUGGGAGAUAAGCUGGAUACUCUGAACCUGGAUGAUUUUAUGGUGCAAGCUGUUCCCUUUAACUUCUACACAACUUCAGCUAUGCUUCAGGCUAUUCUGGAGAAGCCUCUGGAGAAGAAAUCAGGGCGUAAUUUUGGACCCCCUGGUACCAAGAAGCUGAUUUACUUCAUAGAUGAUAUGAACAUGCCAGAAGUUGACAAAUACGGCACUGUGGCUCCUCAUACCUUGAUCCGGCAGCACAUGGAUCAUGGCCAUUGGUAUGAUAGAAACAAACUGACCUUAAAGGAUAUCCACAACUGUCAGUAUGUUGCCUGUAUGAACCCAACUUCUGGAUCCUUCACUAUUGAUUCCAGGCUCCAGAGGCACUUCUGUGUGUUUGCGGUGAGUUUCCCAGGUCAGGAUGCCCUAAUGUCCAUCUACAGUACUAUUUUAGGACAGCACUUGGCUGCUCGGAAUGUCUCAAUCGUCGUCCAGAAGGUUAACCAACAGCUUGUUUCGGCAGCUCUGGGUUUACAUCAAAAAAUUACAUCAACAUUUCUUCCUACGGCCAUAAAAUUUCACUACGUUUUCAAUCUCCGGGAUCUCUCAAAUAUAUUCCAGGGACUCCUGUUUUCCACUCAUGAAUGCCUCAAAAUACCAUCAGACCUGGUCCGGCUGUGGCUGCAUGAAGCAGAGAGGGUUUACUAUGACAAACUUGUGGAAGAUAAAGAUCAAGAGACCUAUACCCGGGUCAUGACAGCAAAUUGCAAGAAAUUCUUUGAGGAUCUGGGUGAAAAUAUUAUCUUUGCAAAGCCCAACAUUUUUUGCCACUUUGCUCAAGGCAUUGGAGAUCCAAAGUACUUUCCUGUUUCCAAUAUACAGAGUUUGAAUAAAUUGCUUGUGGAAGCCUUAGAUAGCUACAAUGAGGUCAAUGCAGUGAUGAAUUUGGUGCUGUUUGAAGAUGCUGUGUCGCAUGUCUGUAGAAUCAAUCGCAUCCUAGAGUCUCCCAGAGGCAAUGCUUUGCUUGUGGGGGUUGGAGGCAGUGGCAAGCAAAGUCUGUCUCGACUGGCUGCCUAUAUUAGCGCCCUGGAUGUCUUUCAGAUCACUUUGAAGAAGGGUUAUGGCAUUCCAGAUCUCAAGGCUGAUCUGGCUUCCCAGUACAUCAAAUCUGCUGUGAAGAAUACCCCUACCGUUUUCCUUAUGACAGACUCACAGGUUGCUGAAGAGCAGUUUUUGGUUUUGAUCAAUGAUCUCUUGGCAUCUGGUGAGAUUCCAGGGCUAUUUCAGGAUGAUGAAGUGGAAAAUAUUAUUAGCUCCAUGAGGCCUCAGGUAAAAUCUAUGGGCUUGCCGGACACUCGUGAAAACGCCUGGAAAUUUUUCAUUGACAAAGUCCGAAAACAAUUAAAGGUAAUCCUAUGUUUCUCUCCUGUGGGAUCUACUCUCCGUGUGAGGGCCAGAAAAUUCCCUGCUGUAGUAAACUGCACAGCUAUUGACUGGUUUCACGAAUGGCCUGAAGAUGCCUUAGUGUCUGUCAGUGGAAGGUUUCUUGAGGAGAUUGAAGGGAUUGAGUCUGGAGUUAAAACCUCCAUCAGCCUGUUUAUGUCAUUCGUCCAUACAACCGUCAACGAAAUGUCCAAGGUCUACCUGGCCACUGAAAGGCGUUAUAAUUAUACCACCCCAAAGACCUUCCUGGAACAGAUCAAACUUUACCAGAAUCUCCUAACCAAAAAAAGAAAAGAACUGAUUGCUAAAAUUGAGAGGUUGGAGAAUGGCUUAAUGAAACUUCAGAGUACAGCUUCACAGGUGGAUGAUCUGAAAGCCAAACUUGCUGUUCAGGAGCUGGAGCUUAAGCACAAGAAUGAAGAUGCUGACAAACUGAUUCAUGUGGUAGGAGUUGAAACGGAGAAAGUGAGCAGGGAAAAAGCAAUUGCUGAUGAAGAGGAACUCAAAGUGCAAGUCAUUAACUUGAACGUAUCAGAAAAGCAAAGGGCUUGUGAAACUGAUUUGGCUAAGGCUGAACCAGCACUGAUUGCUGCUCAGGAAGCUCUCGACACCCUCAAUAAGAACAACCUGACAGAGCUGAAGUCUUUUGGAUCUCCUCCAGAAGCAGUGGUUAAUGUAACAGCAGCAGUUCUGAUUCUAACUGCUCCAGGUGGCAAGAUACCAAAAGAUAGAAGUUGGAAAGCAGCAAAAUCCAUGAUGGGCAAAGUAGAUGCUUUCCUGGAUGCCCUGAAGAAAUAUGACAAAGAACACAUUCCCGAAUCUUGCUUGAAAGCUUUUAAACCAUUUCAGAAUGAUCCAACAUUUGAUCCUGACUUUAUAGUCUCCAAGUCCACAGCUGCGUCUGGUUUAUGCUCUUGGUGCUUAAACAUUGUUCGUUUCUAUGAAGUCUACUGUGAUGUGGCACCUAAGCGGCAGGCCUUGGAAGAGGCUAAUGCUGAACUGGCAGAGGCACAAGCCAAACUCACAAUGAUUAAAAACAAGAUUGCAGAUCUAAAUGCCAAUUUAGCUAAUCUGACUGCCGAAUUCGAAAAGGCCACAGCUGCGAAAAUCAAGUGCCAGCAAGAAGCUGAUGCAACAAAUAGAGUAAUAUCAUUGGCUAACAGGCUUGUUGGUGGAUUAGCCUCUGAAAACGUGCGUUGGGCUGAAUCGGUGGAAAAUUUCAGUGAACAGGGAAAGACUCUGUGCGGGGAUGUGCUACUGAUUACUGCAUUUGUUUCCUAUGUUGGGUAUUUUACCAAAAAGUAUAGGACCGAGUUACUGGAUAAGUUCUGGACUCCUUACUUAAAGCAGCUGAAGGUACCAAUUCCUAUUACCCCUGGCCUGGAUCCUUUGUCCCUGUUAACAGACGAUGCAGAUAUAGCAACCUGGAACAACCAGGGGCUCCCCAGCGACCGAAUGUCAACAGAAAAUGCAACCAUUCUGUGCAACACAGAACGUUGGCCCCUCAUUGUAGACGCGCAGCUUCAAGGGAUCAAAUGGAUCAAGAACAAACAUGGACGAGAUCUGAAGGCCAUCCGGCUUGGACAGAAAAGCUACCUAGAUAUCAUUGAAAAAGCUGUUUCCGAGGGAGAUACGCUGCUUAUUGAAAAUAUUGGGGAGACAAUAGAGCCUGUGCUGGACCCCCUGCUAGGUCGAAACACAAUUAAGAAAGGAAGAUACAUUAAAAUAGGAGACAAGGAAGUAGAGUACCACCCCGACUUUCGCCUGAUUCUGCACACCAAGUACUUCAAUCCCCACUACAAGCCAGAGAUGCAGGCUCAGUGCACGUUGAUCAACUUCUUGGUUACCAGGGAUGGCUUGGAAGACCAGCUUUUAGCUGCUGUGGUUGCUAAGGAAAGACCUGACUUAGAGGAACUGAAGGCUACUCUCACAAAACAACAGAAUGAAUUCAAGAUCAUCCUGAAAGAACUAGAGGAUUCCUUGCUAGCUAGACUCUCUGCUGCAUCAGGAAACUUCUUAGGAGAUACAGCCUUGGUAGAAAAUCUGGAGACCACAAAGCGCACAGCUAAUGAAAUAGAACAAAAAGUGACAGAGGCUAAAGUUACUGAAAUACAAAUCAAUGAAGCCAGAGAGAACUACAGGCCAGCUGCAGAAAGGGCAUCCCUGUUGUAUUUUAUAUUAAAUGACCUAAACAAAAUCAACCCCAUCUAUCAAUUCUCCCUGAAGGCUUUCAACGUGGUGUUUGAGAAAGCUAUUCAGCGCACAGCUCCAGCAGAAGAUGUCAAACACAGGGUGAUCAACCUUACAGAUGAAAUCACCUAUUCAGUUUUCAUGUACACGGCUCGGGGACUUUUUGAGAGAGACAAACUUAUUUUUCUAGCUCAGGUUGCCUUCCAGGUCUUGCUGGUUAAAAAAGAAGUGAAUCCAGUGGAAUUAGACUUCCUUCUGCGUUUUCCCUUUAAAGCUGGCUUGACAUCUCCAGUAGAAUUCUUAUUAGGUCAAGGAUGGGGUGGAAUUAAGGUACUUUCUGAAAUGGACGAAUUCAAAAACCUGGACAGCGAUAUUGAAGGCUCUGCGAAGCGAUGGAAAAAAUUUGUAGAAUCGGAAACCCCAGAAAAGGAAGUUUUCCCGAAGGAGUGGAAGAAUAAGACUGCCCUGCAAAAGCUGUGCAUGAUGCGGUGCAUGAGGCCAGACCGCAUGACCUACGCAGUCAAAAACUUUGUCGAAGAGAAGAUGGGAAGUAAAUUUGUUGAAGGGCGUAGUGUUGAAUUCUCAAAGUCCUAUGAAGAAAGCAGUCAAUCCACACCAAUAUUUUUCAUUCUUUCUCCUGGAGUGGAUCCCCUGAAGGAUGUUGAAGCCCUAGGUCAAAAGCUUGGCUUCACCAUAGACAAUGGGAAAAUCCAUAAUGUGUCCCUGGGACAGGGGCAAGAGGUUGUGGCUGAAAAUGCUCUGGAUGUGGCUGCAGAAGAAGGGCAUUGGGUCAUUCUUCAGAAUAUACAUCUGGUAGCCAAGUGGCUGAGCACGCUGGAUAAGAAAGUUGAACGCUACAGCAUUGGGAGCCACGACGAUUACCGCGUAUUUAUGAGUGCUGAACCUGCUCCUUGUCCUGAUGCUCACAUUAUUCCUCAGGGCCUGCUAGAAAAUGCCAUUAAAAUCACAAAUGAGCCUCCAACUGGCAUGCAUGCCAACUUACACAAGGCUCUCGACCUCUUUACACAGGAUACCCUGGAAAUGUGCACCAAGGAAAUUGAGUUUAAGUGCAUUCUCUUUGCCCUCUGCUACUUCCACGCAGUGGUAGCAGAACGGAGGAAAUUUGGAGCGCAAGGUUGGAACAGGUCUUACCCCUUUAACAAUGGAGAUCUCACCAUUUCCAUCAAUGUCCUGUAUAAUUACCUGGAAGCUAACGUGAGGGUUCCGUGGGAUGAUUUACGGUAUCUCUUUGGUGAAAUCAUGUAUGGGGGACAUAUCACUGAUGACUGGGACCGCAGACUGUGUCGGACGUACCUGGCUGAAUACGUCCGCAUGGAAAUGCUGGAAGGCGAAAUGUUUCUGGCUCCAGGAUUCCUCAUUCCACCCAAUAGUGAUUACAAGGGCUAUCAUGAGUAUAUUGAUGAAAAUCUACCACCUGAGAGUCCUUAUUUGUAUGGGCUCCAUCCGAAUGCAGAGAUUGGUUUCCUCACGGUAACCUCAGAGAAACUUUUCCGCACAGUGCUGGAAAUGCAACCCAAAGAAUCCGAUGCUGGAGGAGGAACUGGCGUGUCCCGUGAAGAAAAGGUGAAAGCAGUGCUAGAUGAGAUCAUGGAUCGUCUUCCAGAGCCCUUCAACAUGGUGGAAAUUAUGGCAAAAGCAAUGGAGAAAACGCCCUAUGUGGUAGUUGCUUUCCAGGAAUGUGAACGGAUGAACAUCCUCACCAGUGAAAUCAGACGCUCUUUGAAAGAACUGAACUUGGGGCUGAAGGGUGAGUUGACAAUCACAACAGACAUGGAGGAUUUAUCCAAUGCUCUUUUUUAUGACAAUGUGCCCGAAUCCUGGACAAAACGUGCUUACCCAUCUUUACUUAGCUUAGCAGCCUGGUAUGCAGAUCUACUGCUCCGGAUCAGG